AGCAUAAGCUUUGUAAACACUAUGUAAAUAUUGUAAAUUUGGAUUAUAUUAAAGUCUUUGGGUUACUUUAAAGUUUUAUCCGUUAGUAUUUUUGAAAUAAAACAGCUGUUGAAGUGUUUUUCAAAUUUGUUCCCAGCACGGCUCAUUUUCUCAAAUGAUACCCGAACCGCACCAGCUGCUGAUAGUCCCAUGUCAUCGGGUGGAAGAGGCCAAUUAACAAAGACGACAAAUUCAACCCUCAAGAGUUGAUUAAGAGUUGAUUGUGUGACAAGCAAAACAUUGACACAUGUUUAAAAAUUCGGGGUACACAUGUUGCAAGAUUUUCGCAGGCGAGGGCAGACUGAAGAUUUGCCGGGUGUGCUGUCGCCGAUGACAGGAUGUUAAAAGCUGCCAGAUGGGCCAGCUUUUCCACAAAGACUCCCGCGUGUCGCAACACGACAAAGUCAUUCUGAAAGUUAAAACACUCCGCGACACAGUCAAAAUAUACCAGGUCAAAGUUGAGCAGUCGCUGUCUUUUGAACAAGAACUCGCCGUCCGACUUCUCCAGGCCGGGAAAAGAGAGAAGGCGAAAUGCAUUCUACGGAAGAGAAUGGGCCUCCAGGACCACCUGAGGGUGACGGACGUCCACCUGGAAAACCUGGAACGUAUGAUACACCAUCUCGAAUCGUCAACUGUGAUCCAGAAGGUCCUGGAAGGUCUGCGCGUAGGGAACAAAGCGCUGAAAAGGGCCAAUGAAAUUCUAAACAUCAAAAACGUUGAAACGCUUUUGGAAGAGACGGCCGUCGGGAUUCAGAAGCAGGCUGAGAUCAAUGAAGUUAUACGAGGCCUGACGAGCGAAGCGACGGAGGAGAUAAUCGAGGAAGAACUGAACGCACUCAUGAGGACGAGCCUUUCGAACCUAGACGUUCUUAACGUUCCCGAAGACGUCCGUACUGAGAAGAACCGACAGCCAGUUCGCACUCCAGUGAACCAACAAGUGGAUCUCAUGAAGCCCAGCACUAGUUCCUCGACGAAAGAAAAAGAAAAGAAAUCAAGGAAGAAGAAGGAAAAAGAGCACUCUGUAGGAGUAAGGCAGCGGCCGAUGAACAGGCCCGUUGGGAUUGUCAUCAGGGAUGAUUAGAGAGAUUGGUCCUGUUGAUCUUACUUCCGUUUUUUGGCUUAUUUUGCUCAUUAAUGAAAUUCCUAUCUUAUUCAAAGUUCUCUCCGAAUUUGUAAAAUAUAUAUGCCUGAAAAGUA